ACGAAGAACGUGAAGACUUGGAUGAUGUAGAACGCUGGUCAAACACUCAAGUACGUGAGUGGGACGGAGUGACAUUUAGCAGUGAGCGAGACAAUGAGAGCGAGACGGUAAGGAGUCAGACACCGUAUGCUUGGGGGGAAGAAGAAGAAGAAGCAGCGUCGAUCGUGGAUGCGGAUGCAGAAACGGUUGGUGACGAACUCAGGUCGGCGAGCCUAAGGCACGAGAUCAUACUAGAAGAGCACAACCAGCUGUUACAACAAAACAAUGUCCAAAACGGUGGUGCAUUAACAGAUUCCGACUCUACACCUGCCGGUGCUAUGCAUUCAUCACCUACCACUUCUGCUACCGAACGUUCAUCGUCUAGAAGAACCGUGCCCCCUGCAGGUAAUAACGAUUCCGAGCGACCCUCAACUAGCAGAACAGCAGACCCUGCCGGUACAACUCGGGCGAUCAUCGAUGCAGCGAUACGUAAUGGCGGUACCGUAAACGGCUUUUGUGUUUUACCGCGACCGCGUUUUAACAGCGUGGAUUUACGUAGGACUAUGAAUAUGAGGGAGAUCAUGUCUACAGAUUUAGCAUCGUAUCACGUCUCCUUGCACAACGCCAUGGAUGAAAUAGUGUCAUUUGCCCAACAGAUCGGAGGUGAUGCUAGCGUAAUCAACUUGGUUAUGACGGCCCCUAGCCUGAAUUCGUCCGUUAACGCCGUUUUAACCCCUGGAAAUAAUUAUGACGUUAAUCUAUUUACAGAACAAAUCGAAAAAAUUUUACAAAGCAACGAAAGGCUGAUGGUUGAUGAUGCGGUUGAAAUUGAAGCCAACGUAGCCAUGAACAGACAAGGAGGUGGACGGCGUAAACUCACAGAACUGGCUUUGGACCAGGUUAUCAAAAGAAAAAAGAUGAGUCUAUUCAAUCCUGUAAAUACCGGUAAUAAAAUAUGUUUGGCUAUCUGCCUGGCACAUUUUCUCGAUCCCCAAUUACCUGAGAGCGAAUUGGAAAAUC